AUGUCCAGCGAUUCUAGCAGCCAGCCGAUAGCCGGCAUUCACACUUUUGACCUGCCAUCCGUGUGGCUCGGUGACAUCGCGUUAUGGCUGCGCACUGUAGAGUCACGAUUCGCCCUCCGUCAGAUCACACGAGAGGAUACCAAAUUUCACUAUGUUGUGGCAGCACUCCCAAUGGACAUCGCCACCGACCUCCGCGACAUCAUAGAUUGCCCGCCCACAGAAGCCCCUUAUACUGCCCUAAAGGAGACUCUCAUUUCCCGCAUUUCCCUCUCAACGCAAAAACGUCUCCAACGCUUAAUUUCUGAGGAGGACCUCGGUGACAGGAAGCCUACGCAGCUUCUUAGGCGUUUGGAGCAGUUGGCAGACGGACAAAAGCUGGAUGCCACCAUGUUCAAGCAACUUUUCCUCCAACGGUUGCCUCCUUCGGUGCAAGCCAUCCUUGCGCCUAACAUUCCUUCCUCGACUGUUCAGAUGCUCGCAGAGGCUGCUGACCGUAUACUCGAGUACUACCAGCCUCCUGUUACGGUUAACGUCGCCAGUCGAAGCACAACUGCCCCCAGAAUCGAGGAUGUCGUCAAACGCCUGGAUGCCCUCACUCUCGAAGUUUCCUAG